AUGGACCCCCUCUCGAUUGCUGCCUCGACGGUGCCCUUGCUGGAGGCUGCUGGCUUUAUCACCAAGUCUCUCUAUAAGCUCGCCAAGUCCUACCGAACGGUGGAAGUCCGUAUCGUAGGACUCUGCGAGGAGCUCACCAAUCUUACAAACUUCCUGAAUACGGUGGACAAGACUUUGAGGAGAUAUGGUACACUGGACUUUGCCCUCGUGGAGAAGGAGCUGUGGCGGGAGAUUGACCAGUCGUUGGUCAACUGCGAGCUGUCGCUGAACGACCUGGGAAAACUGGUCGAGAGGAUCAAGAGGCACGCCCACGCGAAGGGCUUUGCCUGGAAGACUCGAACGGUAGCGGACCUGGCCGUCUACGAUGGCGAGCUGGCUGCGUUCAGAGACAAGAUCCACAAGUCCAACUCGGCUCUACAGACCAUUCUCAGUACUAUCAAUGUGUCGCUGUCUCUGCGAAGCAACACGUCGCAAGCCAAGAUCCUGACCGAGCUGAGUACGCUCAAGCUGUCUAUUGAAGCAGCACUCCGAGUGUCUCGUCUGCCAGUCGGCGGAUUCUCCCAGCACUUUAUCUCUCUCCCCGAUGCCCGUCUAUGCCAGAAUCUGUGGCACCUGGCCGAGGCGGCAAAGCAGUUUCACUCUGCCGCUUCUUCGACUGCUAGUACCGUCAGGGCAGAUGACAGCAAUGCUUCCGUCCGCCAGCUCUCCAGGACGGGUUCCAGCCUCGCUGGCGACUUCCCUCCCAUCAGACGCCAGUGGGUUGAGCAGUGCCUCCGGCAGGGACGUUGCCAGUCUCCUGAGUUCGCUACGCCUGUUCUAUCCAAAGCAAGGACGAAUCCAGAAGAGAUAAGCGACCAGAAGAAAUGGACGUCAGACUCGCCGGCCCUGGCGUCAGACUCGGCGCCACAAGUCUGUGAACAACGUCGUUCAGACGAAGAAACGGAAGACGAAGAGGAAGAGGAGGAGGAGGACGAUGGCGAGGACUGUUCAGACUUUGACCAGUACUACAUCUCUGGCCUUUACGAGCUCGCCAAUGAAAGCAUCAAAGCACUCGACUUUGCCAACGCAGCACGCCUCCUGAGCCGCUUCCUCUCCAAGGCCACCGCCUCAACCGAGGCGGGCGUCGCGCACAAGCCCACACGCACGACAAAGAUCCAGCUCGCCAUCUGCCACUUUCUCGAGGGGUCCUGGCAAAAGGCCGCGCCGCUGGUGACGGAGCUCGCCCGCUCCAAAGCCGGCCGGAACAUGGUCGUGUGCAACCUCCUGCACGCCCUGGCCAUCGCGUACCUCGCCCAGGGCAAGACGGACGAGGCGCUCGCCACCUGCCAGCAGGCCUUCCUCGGCAAGAAGCGGCUGUGGAAGAAGCAGGACAGCGACGAGUACUCGACCGAGUACUACGCCUCGCUCGGCCUCCUCCAUGUCGUCUUUGACGCCUCCGACGACCCGAUCCGAGCAGAGAUAUUCAAGCGCCAGCUCCCCGCCGACUUUGACUAUCACCACUUCCCCGACCCGCGGCUCUUUGUCGCUCAGCACCAGACCCUUCUCAGGACUUUGUUCCUGCUGCCACCGGGCGAGACUGCCACGCCGCUCGUCUUCGAGGGCAGCCCUGAGCCCGGCAAGCGCGUGAGGGGUUCGAGGCGGGGCGGAAGUUCGCAGGAUGUCUCGACCAUCGAGACGGAAGCGAUUCCCUUUCGCGGCGACGCGGACGACGAACUGUCGCCAAUAUCACCCCAGGCCGUCAAGAGGGGCAUCAACCGCAUCUUCGGGCGCAUGAUCCGGCGCACGUCGAGAGAGGCGCUCGACAGCCCCGGCAGUCCGAAGCCGGACUCAUUCCACUCAAACGGUCUCACGCGCCACCGAGUCAAGCCAGCAAACACGUGGACAAACACCAAAAAGCUCCGGACGGUCCUCAAGAAGAGACAGGUCGUCAACCCCCCGCAGUGGCGACGACAGGACAGCGCGGAGGGUGAGUCGAGCGGCGGCGAGUCCACGCCGCUCCAGGACGACGGGGCGUUCACGACGACGGGGCGGUUCUUCUUCGCGGGAGACGAACAACGCGGCGCCCCUGUCUUCCGCGCCGAGCUCGCGGAUACGAGUAGACCGCCCGAACUGGGAUGCAUGGCCACGAUCCCUGCCAAGGCCCUCGAGGAACCGAGCUGGCAGGCAUAUAACCCGUACCGGAAGCUUGAUACUGCGCGUUCCAUCAGAAAGGCCAAGUCGAAGCCGACACCCGCGGUUCAGCUUCAGCCAUCAACAACGUCGGGCUCGGCCCCCAUGCAACGCAGCCUGGAGCAGGUGGCAUCUGCCUUUGCGUCCAUCGCGGCAGCCAAGGACCCAGACCACCGACACGCCAUCCGGCUCGAGCUCGAAAUUCUCUCACGCGACCUCGCAGCAACGAGCAACGACCGCCAGCUCCUACGCGACAUUGACAAUGCCAUCAAGGCAAUCUCGAGCAAAGAAGCCACAAAGGACGCAGACAUCGAAGACUCGGGCUACGAAUCGGCAGGGAGCUCCUCCCAACAGAAACUAGCAGCGCCAGAGGCGGGCGACAUUUAUUCUUCCACUCCGGCGAGAGAACAGGGGUUCAAGAAGCGUGAUGUACCGCAGCUGCCACAACCGGUUCCCUUGGCAAAGACAGGGCCGCCGCCGUCGCCAGCGCAACCGACGGCGAUUACGUGGAGUCCCGGCCUAACGCGUUCGCGAGAACCGCCGCCAUCGGCCCGUCCGACGACAGAUCUCUGGAACUCUACCUUCAUACAACUCAAAGAACCAGAAAGAACGUUCAAAGGACCCAUGGAAGAGUAUGCAACCAAGAGCACCAUCACAAAUUUCAAGACACUCGAUGAACUUGCGAGAUCAUACGAGAAACCACGGAGGGCACCAGACAUCUAUAACCAGGGUGGAAACGGCGCGCAGCAAAGGUCGUGGAUGCAAUUUUCGGCGCGAUAUCUGCCUGGAGCGAAUAGGGGAGGCCCGAGGACACCAAUAGGUGCCCUGUAUCCGAACCUCAGGAGACCAUGGCCAUGA